UAAAGUUUGGUCAUCCUCAUUUCUUGGUUUCUCGUCUUGCAUUAUACUCAUAAUAUCUUUGGCUACUAAAACAUGUCAGCCUUUGUAGGAAAAUAUGCUGAUGAGUUGAUCAAGAAUGCCAAGUACAUUGCCACACCAGGCAAGGGUAUAUUGGCGGCCGAUGAGAGCACGGGCACCAUUGGGAAACGUCUCUCGAGCAUCAGCGUUGAGAACGUUGAAUCAAACCGUCAAGCCCUUCGUGAACUACUUUUCACCUCACCAGGCGCAUUAGCUUACCUCUCGGGUGUUAUUCUCUUUGAGGAAACCCUUUACCAAAAAACGGCCGAUGGGAAGCCUUUUGUUGAUGUUCUCCUAGAGGCAAAUGUUCUUCCUGGGAUUAAAGUUGAUAAGGGUGUGGUUGACCUAUCAGGCACAAAUGGUGAAACCACUACUCAAGGAACAGACGGGCUUGGUGCACGUUGUGCUGAGUACUACAAGGCGGGUGCCCGUUUUGCCAAGUGGCGUGCUGUCCUUAAGAUUGGACCGACCGAACCCUCUGAGUUGUCUAUUCAACAGAACGCUCAAGGGUUGGCUCGUUAUGCAAUCAUUUGUCAAGAGAAUGGGCUUGUGCCCAUAGUAGAGCCCGAGAUAUUGACUGACGGGAGCCAUGAUAUCAAGAAAUGUGCAUAUGCAACUGAAAUGGUGUUGGCUGCGGUUUACAAAGCGCUCAACGAGCAACAUGUGCUUCUUGAAGGAACCCUCUUGAAACCGAAUAUGGUUACACCUGGAUCUGAUAGCCCAAAGGUAUUAGUAACCAGUACAGAAGAUAGAAAAACUAUAAAGUGGGUGACACCAGAAGUGAUUGCAGAAUACACAGUAACAGCACUACGUAGGACCGUUCCAGCAGCAGUACCAGGAGUUGUGUUUUUAUCUGGUGGACAAAGUGAAGAAGAAGCGACAGUGAAUCUGAAUGCAAUGAACAAGUUGGAAGUGUUAAAGCCAUGGACACUAUCGUUCUCAUUUGGGCGAGCUUUGCAGUCAAGCACACUUAAGACAUGGGGCGGAAAGAAGGAGAACGUGGCAGCAGCACAAGCCAAUUUCUUGUCAAGGUGCAAGGCUAACUCCGAGGCGACUCUUGGGACAUAUGGAGGAGAUGGUGCAGGUGGUUUGGCUUCCGAGAGUUUGUAUGUGAAGGGAUACAAAUACUAACUAAGUUACCUAUGACGCAGUGAAAACUGAAAAGAGUUGGUGGAAAAAAUAUUGUAAUUUGAAUUGUUAUGUUCAUGUUAUAUAUGUGGAUAUAUAUCCUUACAUUGAGAUUCA